AUGAACGAACUCAAUCUCGACGAAAACAUCUUGUUAUUCCAAGACUUAGUUGCUUCGAUCAAAAGCUCAGACGCGAAUACCCAAUUCCAUAGAGCUAUCUGGGCGGCGUUCCUUGGGUACUUUGAGGAUUCAGGAGUAGAUUUCGACAACCCAUCGUCAUCCUUCACUUCCAUUCUACCACCUCACCUUGCCAGCUUUCCAUACAACCAAAAGGUUUACUUGAAUGUAAUCUCCCAGGCUUUGGUGGAUUACGGUUUUGAUGAAGACUUUGCUGCGGAUUUUGUUGAGACGGAUUAUUAUUUUUCUUUGGCCGUGCAGCUUCACUACCUCGAUCUCGAUGCAGACUCCCACCCAAACGUUGUUGAACGAGAUCUUUCUUUCGGGUUUGUUGAUCUUAGAGCUAAAAGGAAACCCCCACUGUAUAUACCUUUGAUGCAAUGGGUCUCCAAUAACCGCUCGAGUAGUACAAGCAUCUCCGAUGACGAGUAUGAGUUUGCCAACGAGUCUACUAUUGUCUCAAGCUCUUCAUACUCUGAAGAUGACUUUUACGACGAACAUUACCUCUCAAGUGAGGACAAAGAAAAAGAAGGUUGUCCUCCAGAUUUUUGGGAAGAUCACCAACCACAGUAA